AUGACAACUGCAGACAGUACAGGUAGUGCCACGGAAGUGGAAGUCAUCCUACGCUCGCGAGAUGACUGGUUUGAAUGGUACGAAGUCAUCAAGGAUCAUGCCAAGAAGCAAGGUGUAUGGGAAUACUUCGAUCCUGAUGUCAAAGACGAAACAAGGCCUGAUCCGCCAGCAAGACCGAGGGUUCCACCAGAGAUUGAGGUUACGGAAGAUGUAUAUCAAAGUUAUCAAAAGGCGUUGCAGUCUUGGAAGGGUACACAAGAUGCGAUCAUAUCAACAAAAGAAGCAAUUCGCGGCUCAGUGGCUCUACAUAUACGAAGCUUUAUAGCAGGCGAAGAACCAUAUAAGUUGUUGAGGAUCCUGAAGAAGCUAUACGAGCCAAGCGAUCUGGAGGCAGAUUUGGGAGCUCUGAAGAAGUAUAAUACUGCCAUAUCCCGGCCGAUUCGCCAAGGGAAGAUAUCUGCAUGGCUCAACGAUUUUGAGAGUGCUUACCUUGCGAUUCGACGUCGCAAUCUUCCAGAAAGCAAUGACAGACAUGUUAAGCGGCAGUUUCUGGCAGCAAUAUCGGCAGUAUCCUAUUCCUUUGCGGAUAGACAGUUUGUGUUAAUGGUUGAACCGACGUAUGAGAAGGAGGACUUUCAUUCGCUCCUAAGACGAUAUCGGGCGUAUCUGGACUACACGAAAAGCUUCAAGACAAGAACUUCAAGCAUGGCAUCUGCAACUUUCCAUGGCCAGAAUGAUGGUGCGUUAAACUCAACGAAAUCCAACACCAAACGGAACCCAUGUGUAUGCGGAAAGAACCAUGCAUACAGCAAUUGUUGGUAUAUCAUAAGCUCAAAACGGCCGACGUGGUGGAAGCCUAACAAACAAACGGAGGCCAAGGUUAGCGAAGCUAUCGCGAAGGAUGACAAGCUGGGAAGGAAGCUAAAAGCCCUGUUGGAACGUGAUGUGCAGCAAAACAAGGACAAGGACCAGAAGGAGAGAAACCAGGCAAACGAGCACUAUGUCAUGGAACUUGUUUCUAGCGCAGGGAUUUGCUAG